UUGAUAAAAAAGUGUUUCUUUGAUUACAACAAAACAAGGAAAAGUGCAAAUUUCCAACAAAUAAACAAUAAAUAGACCAACAAGAACUUAAUAAAAUUUAUGUUUUUACACUUACGAAGCGUUUAUAGAUAAAAACGCGUACAAUUGCCGAUAAACAGCAACAAACAAAAUGAGCUACGAAGACGACGACUAUCAUGUGGACACAUUUCCCAAAGAAUACGGCUAUGGAGCCUUCGAUCAAGAUGGCCUCGACUCGUCGGGCAUGGUGGGGGCCAGUUCUGAUUUGAAACCGCGCAUACUGUUAAUGGGUCUGCGUCGUUCCGGCAAAAGUUCCAUACAAAAAGUUGUCUUCCACAAAAUGUCACCGAAUGAGACGAUGUUCUUGGAGUCGACCAAUCAAAUUGUCAAGGAUAACAUAAACAAUUCUAGUUUUGUGCAGUUCUGUAUAUGGGACUUUCCCGGCCAAAUAGAUUUUUUCGAUCCCACAUUUGAUUCGGACAUGAUUUUCGGCAAUUGUGGUUCGUUGGUGUUUGUCAUCGAUGCCAAAGAUGAUUACAAUGAGGCAUUGACGAAAUUCAAGAAUACUGUGAUUAAGGCCUACAAAAUAAAUCCGCGCAUUAAAUUUGAAGUCUUUAUACAUAAGGUUGACGGCAUAAGUGACGAUACGAAAAUGGAAUCGCAACGUGAUAUACAUCAACGGGCAUCUGAUGAUUUAGCCGAUGCUGGUCUAACACAGAUACACCUAAGUUUUCAUUUAACUUCCAUCUAUGAUCAUUCAAUAUUUGAAGCUUUUUCGAAGGUGGUGCAAAAACUAAUACCACAAUUACCAACAUUAGAAAAUUUAUUAAAUAUUUUUAUAUCGAAUUCCGGCAUUGAGAAGGCAUUUCUUUUUGAUGUGGUAUCGAAAAUUUAUAUUGCAACCGAUUGUUCACCCGUUGAUAUGCAAAGUUAUGAAUUAUGUUGUGAUAUGAUUGAUGUGGUUAUAGAUUUAUCAAGCAUUUAUAGCUCUGAGGAGGAUGCAUUCGAUCAUCAAAGCUCUAGUCUCAUUAAACUCAAUAAUAAUACAAUUUUAUAUUUACGUGAAGUUAAUAAAUUCUUAGCUUUGGUGUGUAUAUUACGCGAGGAGAAUUUCAAUCGUCAGGGCGUUAUUGAUUACAAUUUCUUGUGCUUCCGCGAUGCAAUCAGUGAAGUGUUUGAGUUGCGUUUGAAAAGUCAGAAACUAGCUACCGUAGAUGAACGUUUGGAAUUGCAAGAGAAUGGCGAUGAAGAUUCUGAUGAAGAUGUUAUCGACGAUGAUGAUGAUGAUCCUAAAAUAGUUUAAACUUUUUUGUUGUUGUUAUAAAUAAUCAAGAUUACUAUAUUUGCGCGAACCUCUUUUCUUCCCUAGUGUUUAUGUUUAAUUUUUUUCUUUUUUUUGAAAGUUGAUAAUGUUUAAUUUUUAUAUUUUGUGCCUUUUUUUAUAUCAAUAUAACUGUUAAUAAUCGAUUGUGUACUAUUAUUACUUUUUUUUGCCAUAUAAAUAACUAUUUUAUUAUUUUUAAAAAAACUUUUAUAUAUUUAUAUUUGUAAUUGCAUUAAAGACAACUUUCAAAGUUACUAUGAACAAAUUCAAAUCAAUGUAUUGUUUUUUUCUUUUUGUAGCUUUAACAAUUGAAAUAUGUAUGAAAAUAUUGUAACGAGUAUAAUUAAAGAAACGUGUAUUUGUUAAUUGUAUUAAAUAAAAAAUAAAAUUUAGAAAUUUUUAAAAAAAA